ACGAAGAUGAUGAGCCUCCUCUUACGAUUACACUCGCACACUUCUCCUAGGUCUUCUUCUUCUUUCAUCAGAAGCCUCUCUUUCUUAUCAACCCACCCAAUACCACAACCACCCCUUAAGCCCUCUCAACUCUUAAAUCCUCCUCCUCCUUCUUCUUCUUUGAUUGGUUUCUCUCCUAAACCCAGACCCACUAUAUUUUCUCCCUCUACCCUUCGCUUCCUGACCACCCAAUCCUCUGAGGAUUUCGACGAUUACCAAGAUGAUAACUUUUUAGGUGAAGAAACAGAAGAGGGAGGAACAUCAGAUGGAUGGGAAGAAGGGAAUAGUACAGAUGGUUGGGAGGACGAGGAUGUCGCCGAGCCUAUGGUUGGUGAUGGAGGCGAUGGCGGUGGAGUGGUGUUCCAUGGUGUUCCCUGGGGUGAGCGGGCACUGUCCAUUGCUCGUGAGGUGUUGGCACAGUUUUUUGAUGACAUGAAGCUCUUCUCUUUCAAGACUACUCCUCGAGGAUAUGUGUUUGUGAGACUGGACAAACUAUCAAACGAAUAUGGGUGUCCAAGCAUGGAGGAGCUUGGACGCUACAGUAAAGAAUACAAGAGAAAGUUGGAUGAUGUUGGAGCACUUGGAGAAAUACCUGAAGAUUUGGCUGUUGAGGUAUCAUCUCCUGGUGCGGAGAGGUUACUAAAGGUACCAGAUGAUUUACCUCGGUUUAAAGACAAGGCCUUGAGAGUAUGCUAUUUAGAAGAUGUGGAUUCUAAACGCCCAGAAAAGGAUGGGGUAUUUAUGCUGGAGUCUGUUGAGACAGAGUCAGAGAGCUGUGUGUGGAAGUUGGCAAAUGUGAAGGAAAACAGGGAUCCAGACAGCAAAGAUGCAAAGGAUUCAUAACAUGCAAGUCCCUUUCAAGAAGCUAGCACUGAUCAAGCAAACUAAAUGAUGAUACCUCUCCUUUCAACUGAUUAUGACUAAAAGAUGAAGAGACGAGGCAGGUCCAUAUCAUCAUGCUAGCAAUUACGGAGCUGCAAAACCGAUCAAUGAUUCAAAUUAAUGUAAGCAAAGUAGCAUUCCAUCUCUAUCAUAGAAUUAAUUCCCUGCUACUAGCAUUGUAGUCAUCUUUAUUUCAUUAUAGGAGUCUCUCCUUGGCUUCUAGGAAUCAAAUAGUUUUACUAUAUUAUAGAUCAUUUUUCUUUUUCUUAUUUUCUGUUUUUGUAUCAUGAAUUGUUUUGUUUGUUGGAUACAACUGUUUGAUGAAUGUGGACUACUGAAUAUAUCAGAAAGAUUCUGCAG